AUGGACAUACCCUACAUGGGACCGCUGACCUUCAGGGAUGUGGCCAUAGAUUUCUCUCAGGAGGAGUGGGAAUGCCUGGACCCAGCUCAGCGGAAAUUGUACCUGGAUGUGAUGGUGGAGAACUACAGCAACCUGGCCUCCCUGGGUUGUACUGUAAAUCAAAGAAUUCGUACUGGAGACAAGCCUUACAAAUGUAAACCAUGUGGAAAAGCCUUUAAAUGUCGUUCAUCUCUUACUGUACAUCAGGGAAGAAUUCAUGCUAUUGCAAAGUAUUACAAACUCAGGGAAACUGGAAAAAGCUUUAGUCAGCCCUCAAGACAUACUCAACAUCAUAGAAAUCAUAUGGAAAAAAAGACUUAUAAAUGUUCAGAAUGUGGCAAAGUCUUUGGCCAACCCUCAAUGCUUAUUCUUCAUCAGAGAAUUCACACUGGAGAGAAACCUUAUAAGUGUAGAGAAUGUGGUAAAGCAUUCCUCCACGCCUCACAAAUGAUCAGACAUCGGAAAGUUCAUACUGGAGAGAAACCUUACAAAUGUAUCGAAUGUGGCAAAGCCUUUAACUUUUCCUCCUCCCUUAAUCGUCAUCAGCGUAUUCAUACUGGAGAGAAGCCUUAUAAAUGUUCAGAAUGUGGCAAAGCAUUCAUUGAGUCUGCAGCCCUUAAUCGACAUCAGAGAGUUCAUACAGGUGAGAAACCUUAUAAAUGUACAGAAUGUGAGAAAGCCUUUAGGCGGUCCUCAAGACUUAGAAUUCAUCAGAGAAUUCACACUGGAGAGAAACCUUAUGAAUGCAGAGAAUGUGGCAAAUCCUUUAUCAGCCAUGCAGGUCUUACUAAUCAUCAAGGUGUUCAUACUGAAGAUAAGCUUUAUAAAUGUACAGAAUGUGGUAGAGCAUUCCUCAUUGCCGCAAAUAUGAUUCGACAUCAGAAAGUUCAUACUGGAGAGAAACCUUACAAAUGUAGAGAAUGUGGCAAAGCGUUCAGUGAUUCUUCCUCCCUUAAUAGACAUCAGACAGUUCAUACUGGUGAGAAGCAUUAUAAAUGUAGAGAAUGUGGCAAAGCCUUUAGGCACUCCUCAUCCCUUAGUUAUCAUCAGAGAGUUCAUACUGGAGAGAGGCCUUACAAAUGUGGAGAAUGUGGAAAAGCCUUCAGGAAAUCCCAAACACUUACUGACCAUCAGAAAACUCAUACUGGAGAGAAGGGUUAUGAAUGUAGAGAAUGUGGCAAAGCCUUUAGACAAUCCUCACAACUUACUUUGCAUAAGAGAGAUCAUACUGGAGAGAAACGAUAUAAAUGUACAGAAUGCGACAAAGCCUUUAGACAGUCCUCACAACUUACUUUGCAUCAGAGAGUUCAUACUGGAGAGAAGCCGUAUAAAUGUAGAGAAUGUGGCAAAGGAUUCCGUGGGGCAGCAUCCCUUAAUUAUCAUCAGAGAGUUCAUACUGGAGAGAAGCCUUAUAAAUGUAGAGAAUGUGGCAAAGGAUUUAGUGUGGCAGCAUCCCUUAAUUAUCAUCAUCAGAGAGUUCAUACUGGAGAGACGACGUAUAAAUGUAGAGAAUGUGGCAAAGGAUUCAGUGCGGCACAAUCUCUUAAUUAUCAUCAGAGAGUUCAUACUGAGGAGAAAUCUUACAAUUGUAAUGAAUGUGGCAAAGUGUUUAGGCAUUCCUCAUACUUGUAUAGUCAUCAGAGAUCUCAUACUGGAGAGAAACCUUAUAAAUGUAAUGAAUGUGGCAAAACGUUUAGUCAUUCCUCACACUUCUCUAGGCAUAAGAGAGUUCAUACUGGAGAGAAGCCUUAUAAAUGUAAUGAAUGUGGCAAAACCUAUACCUAUUACACAUCCCUUUAUCGUCAUCAUCGUGUUCAUACUGGAGAGAAACCUUAUAUGUGUAAUGAAUGCGGCAAAGCCUUCAGUGAUUCCUCAAAGCUUACACGCCAUCAAAGAAUUCAUACUGGUGAGAAGCCUUACAAAUGCAAACAAUGUGGCAAAGCCUUUAGCCGGUCCUCACACCUUACUAAUCAUCAGAGAGUUCAUGCUACAGAGAAACCUUAUGAACGUAGAGACUGUUGCCACGCCAUUCACCAGUCCUCACACUUGACUAAGCAUCAGAAAAUUCACAAUGGAGAGAAGCCUUAUACACAUAGAGAAUGUGGCAAAGCCUACAGGCAUUCCUCAGCUCUUAUUUACCAUUACAGAGUUCAUACUGGAGAGAAGCCUUCUAUGUUUUGAAAAGGUAGCAAAUCCUUUGGCAACUACUCCAACCUUUUGGCACAUGAGAGUUUAUACUGCAGAGAAGUAUCAAAGAUUUGAGGAGUGUCAUAAAUCCUUUACCAUCAGUUAGUACUUACUGAACUCACUGAAUUCUAAAUAGGAAGAAGCUUUCUGAAUGUGAAAAUGUAGAAAACCCAUAAUAAGGCAUUAUUUUAUUAUUGUACAUGAGUAACUUCAUACUAAAGAAAGAACUGACAAUUGUAGAGCAUGUGCAAGAGCCUAUACCACAGGUCAAAAUUUACUGAAUAACAUACAAGGUUAUAGUGGAGGAAAGCCUUACACUCUAGAAAAUGUGAGAACGCACUGGCUUGCAUUCCUUGGUGGUUUAGCUUCAACCUAUGAACCACAAGGUGAGUGUGCUAUUUC